GAAAAUAACGAGUAAAGUGAAAAGAAAAGUAAAAACUAUCUACACACGCAUUGGGGAAGUUUACCGAAAGCUGAAGCGGAAGGGCAGCUCAACCUCCACCAGUCGGCCAUGGAAUUGAUGUAUCCGGCUGAUUCUCCGCCGCUCCCAGCCAUCGCCGCCGCAAAGAUCGCCGGCGUUUCUCUCCUCACCAACUCAUCACAGCCUUCUGGCUCUCCGCCCACUCUUGCCCUCGCGAGCGGGGAGAAGCUGCAGGGAUCCUAUGUGAUUCUGAGAUAUAUUGGUAGGGUUUCAAACCUGCCUGGUUUCUACGGACAGGAUGCAUAUCAGUCAAGCCAGAUUGAUGAAUGGCUUGAAUAUGCACCUGUAUUUGGGUCUGGGUCUGAAUUUGAGGGAGCAUGCAGUUUUGUUGAUGGAUAUUUACUGCAACGUACCUUUCUAGUUGGCAAUGCCCUGUCUAUUGCUGAUGUAGCAAUCUGGACCGCACUUGCUGGAGCUGGUUUGAGAUGGGAAAGUUUAAGAAAAUCCAAAAAGUACCAAAAUUUAGUUCGAUGGUUCAACUCUGUAUCUGUUGAACAUGAUCCUGUGUUGAGUGAUUUUUCUGCUACAUUUCUUGGAAAAAGAGGCUCUACAAAAGCUGUCGUAUCUAAGUCAAAAGAACCUCAAUCUUCAAGUUCGUGGUCAGCUUCAUUGGAGAAUGAUGCUCAUGCAUCUGACGCAGCUGGAAGCCGAGGAAUUCAGGUGGAUCUCCCCAAUGCUGAGGUUGGAAAAGUGAAGUUGCGAUUUGCACCCGAACCUAGCGGCUUCCUUCAUAUUGGGCAUUCAAAAGCUGCGCUGCUGAACCAGUACUUUGCAGACCGGUAUAAAGGGGAGCUGAUUGUACGAUUUGACGACACAAAUCCAGACAAGGAAAGUAAUGAGUUUGUGGACAACCUUCUAAAAGACAUCGAAACCCUGGGGAUCAAAUAUAGUACUGUAACAUAUACAUCAGACUACUUUCCUCAGACCAUGGAAAUGGCAGAGAAGUUGAUUAAGGAGGGCAAGGCCUAUGUCGAUGAUACUCCACGUGAGAAAAUGCAACAGGAAAGGAUGGAAGGUAUAGAUUCACGGUGCAGGAAUAACAGCGUAGAAGAAAAUCUAAAAUUGUGGAAGGAAAUGAUUGCCGGUUCCGAGAGGGGUUUGAUGUGCUGUCUCCGUGGAAAAUUGGAUAUGAAGGACCCAAACAAAUCACUAAGGGAUCCAGUGUAUUACCGUUGCAAUUUAACUCCUCACCAUAGAAUAGGAGCUAAAUACAAGUUGUACCCAACGUAUGAUUUUUGUUGCCCGUUUGUCGAUUCUUUGGAAGGUAUUACACAUGCACUGAGAUCCAGUGAGUACCAUGAUCGCAAUGACCAAUAUUACAGAAUUCAGAGUGAUAUGGGGUUGAGAAAGGUCUAUAUAUAUGAGUUUAGUCGGCUGAACAUGGUCUAUACACUUCUGAGUAAGCGGAAACUGCUUUGGUUUGUUCAAAAUGGGAAGGUUGAUGGUUGGGAUGAUCCUCGCUUUCCAACUGUUCAAGGAAUCGUGCGCCGUGGUUUAAAGAUUGAAGCGCUUAUACAGUUUAUUUUGGAACAAGGUGCUUCGAAGAACCUCAACCUCAUGGAGUGGGACAAACUCUGGGCUAUCAAUAAGAAAAUCAUUGAUCCUGUGUGCCCGAGGCACAUGGCUGUCAUUGAAGAGCGUCGUGUGCAGCUAAUUCUCACUGAUGGUCCCAAAGACCCCUUCGUGCGCAUCUUACCUAAACACAAGAAAUACCCCGGUGCUGGGGAGAAGCCAGUAACGUAUUCAAACAGAUUAUGGAUAGAUUUUGCUGAUGCCCAAGUGAUCUCAAUCGACGAGGAAGUAACUCUGAAGGAUUGGGGCAAUGCAAUUGUGAAGGAAAUCAAGAAGGAUGGCAAUGGAGUUGUUUCUCAACUGGUUGGGGUUUUGAAUCUCGAUGGGAAUGUUAAGACGACUAAGUUGAAGCUCACCUGGCUGGCGGAUACCAACGAGCUUAUCAAUCUGACCCUGGUGGACUUCGAUUAUCUUAUCACAAAGAAGAAGCUCGAGGAAGAUGAAGAUUUCAUCGAUGUAGUGAAUCCUCGAACCAAAAUAGAGACAUCAGCGCUUGGGGAAUCUGAUAUGCGCAACGUGAAGCGUGGCGACGUAAUCCAGCUGGAGAGGAAAGGGUAUUACAGGUGCGAUGUUCCUUUUGUUCGACCGUCGAAGCCGUUAGUUCUUUUUGCAAUUCCAGAUGGAAAGCAGCAAACGGUAGCCAAGUAAGAACACACCUAUCCUACCCUUACUCAAAAAUGUUUCUGGUGAUUUAAAUGCAAAGAUAGUUUUUUUAAUUUAAAUGACAACACGGUUUUCUGCCCGUUUUCAUAACACAAACCUUUCAAUGAAAUUCAAAUUCAAAUUCAAUUUUUUGGCGCGAAUCUGGACUUGAUGUCCAUCACCUGUCCGGGGCUGAUGUG